CACAGAGAGCCCAUUGAAAUUAGCUUUCCGUGUCAUGUUUCCCAGCUAUCAAUUCUUGUGGAAAUUCACAAGGAAGCAUGGCAAAAUCUAAUCGCUACGCUUAACCCACAAGUGGCCCAAGGCCAUAAUUUUUCUUGGGUCAAAAAAAUCUAAUGACUCGUCAAACCUAAUAGCCACAAAAAGGUGCAAAACUCCCGCUUGAAGUGUCCGCCGGGGACACCUCCACUGCUUGGAUAAACCUCUCCGGCUAACCAGAGCUUAGAAUCAUCUACCCAAUUCAAAAUUAAACUUAACCAGAUAGGAAAAACGGUUUCUUACUUGCAAAUUCACCAUCUAACUAGUGACACUAUCUCUAAUGAAUUCUAGCCCACAAAAGUCUGGGCAAAAGAUACUUUAGUUUGUUCUUUUCCCCCUCCCUCUCUUCGAGGCUGCAUGAGUAGUCAGGAAUUCUAUACCAAUUCGUCUUUCUUCAAGUUUGGGUACUUGAAGUUGUUGAAUUUAAAGCAGUUGAAAUUAGUGUGGCUAUGGUCUCAGUUUCACACGCUCUCUCUUUCAAUUUCAUCGUCUUCUCGAUAAGGCAAACGUCUCUAUUGGCACCGCAUCCUUCUAGAAUUCGCUAUAGCCUCGCUACUCGCAGAUGGUUCAGAAAUUUAAAUUCAAGGUGUUUAAUUACAAAUUCUGACUUACAAUGCAGCCAUCUUCUCACUGAUGAUAAGGUCCCACAAGAUGUUUCAGGAAUUGAGCUUGAUUUUUCAGCUCCUAUUGUUCAUAUUAAAUCUGAUGUUCUUCAGGCUGUACCUUUGAGUUUACUAGCUGAAGCAACUUAUGUGGAUAGUCUUUUGACAGCAUUGCUGGCUUUAUCAGGGAAGGAGCAAGAUGCCCUUGCAGCAACUCCAGCCCAUCCAGUUGGAUUAUAUGCUUUGUAUGCUAGUUGCCUAGCUGGAAAUUUAGUGGAACAACUAUGGAAUUUUGCUUGGCCUUCUGCUAUAGCAAUGAUUCAUCCUAGCCUUCUAACAGUGGCGGUCAUGGGUUUCUUCACCAAGCUUGCAAUAAUUGUUGGACACCCUUUGGUUGGAAAACUUAUGGAUCAUUCUCCCAGGAUACCUUCUUCUAUUAGUUUAAAUAUAGUUCAGGUUUCUGCUCAGUUGCUAUCUGCAAUGAUGAUUAUUCAUGCACAUACUGUUUCUCCUAUUUCUGCAUCAUCCAUUCUUCUCCGUCCUUGGUUUCUUGUACUUGUUUUAGUUGGGGCCAUUGAGAGGUUAUGUGGAGUAGCAUUGGGGGUAGCUAUGGAGCAGGACUGGGUUGUGCUGUUAGCAGGAAUAAAUAGGCCAAUUGCGCUUGCACAAGCAAAUGCUGUUCUUAAUCGAAUUGAUCUCCUGUGUGAGAUUGGUGGGGCAUCAUUAUUUGGUGUUCUUCUCUCCAAGUAUGAUCCUGUGACCUGCUUAAAGCUUGCUACUGGUCUAAUGAUAUGGUCGUUGCCAGUUAUGAUUGGUCUCACAUCGUUGACUAACAAGCUGUCUACUGGGGUGCUUGACCAUGCCAGAUUUUCCCAGACCUGUUGCAGAGAGUCAACUGGAGCAGCUAUGGACGAUGUUAACAGCUUAGUGGAUAGAGUUGUGGAAACUAUCAAGCUUGGGUGGAAGGAAUAUGUGCAGCAGCCAGUUCUUCCUGCAAGCCUUGCAUAUGUUCUCCUGUGCUUCAAUGUUGUUCUUGCUCCAGGCAGUUUGAUGACAGCAUUUUUAAUGCAGCGUGGAGGAAAUCCAUCUAUCAUUGGCAGUUUCAGUGGAUUAUGUGCUUCCAUGGGUGUUGUGGCAACAUUCUUAUCUGCAACCUUGGUCAAGCGAUUGGGCAUUUUAAAGGCAGGAGCUGCUGGUUUGGUAUUUCAGGCUUCACUUCUCACCAUUUCUGUUGCUGUUUAUUGUAGUGGAGCUCUUUCCCAGCAAAGCCCACUUCUCUUUUUCUUGGGAUUGAUCUUGAUCAAACUCUAUAUGCACGUUUUAUCAAGGUUGGGACACGUGUCAUACGAUGUUGUUGGGGCACAAAUUCUCCAAACAGGGAUCCCAUCAUCUAAAGCAAAUCUGAUAGGGGCAACAGUUUCAGUUGCAAGUUUGGCGGAGUCAGCAAUGUUGGGAAUUGCAAUAAUUGCAAAUGAUGUUUCACAUUUUGGAUUUUUGGCAAUGCUAUCACUUUCAUCAGUGGUUGGGGCAGCGUGGGUGUUUUGCCGGUGGUUUAAUCCAACAGAUGAACAAAGAAGUCUUUUCUCCUACGAGCCUAGGUUAUAAAUUUUUAGCACAAGU